CCUCCUCCCAGUCCAUCCGCUCUCCCUUCCCCUGCCUUCCUCUCUUUGUCGCUCACCACCACCAUCCACACCCAUCCUAAUCUCAUAUUUGCCUUUAUCGCUAUCAUCUUAUCAGCCCGAUAAUGCCAGCUACAGAAAAGAACGAUGCUGCCAGUGCAGCAGACAUGGACGAGGACGAUUUUAGAGAGUUUGACCGUGAAAAAGACAAGGGCCAUAAAUCAAAGCAGUCUUCUUCAAAGUCCAAGGAUCUCUCCCAUGUCCCCUGCAAAUUUUUCAAAGUCGGUUCUUGUACAGCAGGAGCUGCCUGCCCCUUCUCUCAUAGUAUCCAUGAGCGUGGCCAGCCCAAGGACGUCUGCACCUGGUUCAUCAAGGGAAACUGCAAGUUCGGUCACAAGUGCGCUCUCGCCCACAUCCUUCCAGGUCAGAGCAUGGCUAUGGAUAGGAAGAACAAGAAGUCUGCACAACUCGCCAACAAUGGAGCGUCGUCCGCAGGAGGUCCAGGCCGUGAACCAAAGUCUUCCAGGAGCAAAAAGGAUGGUCAUCAGUCUUCCGCCUCGGCCGAUGUCUCUGCCAAAGGGCGUACCGGCCUCCUCUCCGGAUCAACUGCACCUACUAGAGUCCUCAAUAUGCCUCUCAAGGCCACCGUCUCCCCUUCCGCCCCUGCUCCUCCUCUCAAGGAUAGCGACUUUGCUUCCUUUGGUCUCCCAGAUGAUCAGCUGUCCUCAGUUCCUGUACAUGCCAAGGUCGCGUCCCCCACUUCCCCUGACGAUACCUCCGCCCAGCUAGCCGAUCAGGACGAAUCUUUCAAACAGCAUGACCAACCAGAGCAGCCCAAACCAGAGGGCUCUCCUCCCACACUUCCCGUUCAUUCCCCAACGCCUCCUCGCCACUUGGGCAUCUCUCGCAACCCAUCCGAUGCCGCAGCAGACCUCGGUCCCAUCGGGUCUCCUCCCCGCUCUUCUCCCGCAGCCCGCUCACAAAAUCUCUCCCCUGGUACCUCACCAGCUCGCCAUAUCACUUCCCCGCUCUCUGCACCGGGUAAUCGCUCAGUCUUUCCCCAGAAUGACUCUGGCGAUCUAUCCUUUUCUGACUUCAAGACCCGCGCCGGCCUCGCUCAAUCGCUCCCAUGGAACACCGAUCUCGGCCCUAUCCCUCCUCAAGUCCAGAGUCGCGCAGGCGUCGCUCUUAACGGCAGUGCACUGGACACCGACGCCGUCGGCGAGGACUUUGAAGAGUUCAUUCCCAGCUCCCUCACCGACCUCCUCACUCCCGAGGAGCGCUCCAGGCGCAUGUCCCGUACCACCUCCGGUCGUCCUGUCGUCCCUGGUGCCGAUGCCGCCUAUGCAGCCAAUCGUGCGACCCCCGACAGCGCAGCCCAUCGCUACUCGCGAUCCGUUCCCGCCGCCUCAUUGUUGGGCGAUAUCAACUCCAUUUGGUCGGACAAAACCAACGGGCUUCCAGGUUCUCCUGAUACACAUGGUCACCUUGGGGUCAAUGGACUUGGCAUUGGCAACGGUACCCCAUCUUCCUUCAAAUCGAAUGGCGGGUUUGGUGGACGCUCCUUCCUCGAUGACGGUCCCUCCCCCUCCCUUCUUGCACCAUCGAAUGCUUCAGCUGCCUUCUUGCCUAAUCUGCACCACUACUAUUCAAAGAUGGGCCCUCAACGUCCAAGCUCUAAUCUCGGUCGCUCUGCUAGUGGCCUGCACCCUCCACCAGGGCUUUCGCAGGGACUACAACCUAUCAGCGCUCUCACCGCCUCUGGGCCCGGACCCGGUGCAGGUGUGGAUGCCUUCUCCCCUCCGCGCACUAGCUCCCUCGGCACACAUCCGCCUCUCGAUAACCACCAUGCGGAUUCAUACCUCAGCGCGGGGUAUGGCAAGCCCAUGGGAAUGCAACGCUCUGUGUCUGGGCGUCCUAUUUCAAACGGUUUCGGCGGGGAUGGCGAUGGAGAACGGACGAGUACCAUCUCACCUUCAAUGCGUGCUCUGCAGUCCCACGCGCCGGGCCAGAGCUUACCUCAAGGUCUCGCCGCUGGCUACUCUCGUAUACACGCGCUGCCUACCACCGCUACCUCACCCAACGUACCCGGAGGCCUCAGUCCAGGCCCAGGUCCCGCACCCCCAGGCAGCGAGUGGCCAGCCAACAUCGCGAACGCGCCCAGUCCUGAUAUGUACAACAUGUCGAACUCGAAAGCUCCGACACCAUCCUCGCCAGGUCUUGAGGCGAUGUUCUCGCGUUUGUCCUACUCCGCCGCAACAUCGCGUCCUGGAGCUGCAGCGUCGCCGCCGGGCAGCUCACCACUGGGUGGUGGUAUGCCACGCCAGGUAAGCCAUGGCCACACUCGCAACUGGCAGGGGCACGGCCCGCUAAGCCCACUCAACGGGCCCGCCGUGACCAACGACGACGACGACGAGCUUUUCAGCAUGGAUGGCUAAUAGCCGCCGUUUUACGCUGCUCGUUUGUUCCACCUCAAAAGCAAUUAAGGACUCGUAGAAGUACGUCCUGACGCGCAUAUACCCACUUUUAUCUCUGAUCUUUUUCACUUGUGCAUCAGUUGUAUCUCUUGAGCGCUACUUGCUCUUAGUCACGACUUUGUAGGUUGCCGUGCCUCUGAUAAUUGUAUCUUGCUUGCAUGUAUUGGACUAUUCCAAUGUUGAACUUUACACUUACGCUUCCCGCCUUGUGUAUCAUCAGACCCUUUGCGGCCUACUUGUUGGUAUAUAUGUUAAAAGUAAUACAAAACAUGCAUAUUUACG